CCCGUUCGCAACUUGGCAUUGCCGCCAGCGCCACAUCUCCGUUGAGAGGAAAGGAAGGGAAAGCGUUAAAGCUUAGCGUUUGCGGCAUCUUUUCUCACGAUUCAAAGAAAUCCUCAGCGGAUUAGCUCUAACAAGUUGUCAACUAUUGUACUAUUGUAAGCAGCAGCGGAUCGAGUGGGAAUUUUAGCAGAUUAGCUCCACAAAUUGCGAGGGAUCUGAGUUCAUUGGAAAAAGAUGCAUCCUCCUCUGACAUUACAUCGGCACCCAAUGUGUGCAGAAAUUAUCGAGCAGUUUCAGAAAUGUCAUCUGGACCACCCCAUUGGGAAAUUCUUUGGCGAAUGCACUGAUCUGAAGAUAAAGCUUGACCGCUGCUUCAGGCAGGAAAAAGCCGUGAAGCGGAAAUCAAACUUCGAGGAGAGUAAGAAGUUGAAGGAGAGGCUGCAGGCAUACAGGAAGGAAACUGCCGAGGGGAGCCAAGAAGGCACAUUUGCACAAGCUUAAUCUUGAUUCAGCCUCCACCCACAUUAAUAGAUGCUAUUAAUUAUUUGUCUGAGAACAUUAGUUACCAUAGUUGAGGACAAAUUCUGUGUUUGCCAGGAUUAGCAAGUUUUUGAGAACAAAAAGUUGAAAUAAUUUUACUUCAGGAAACCUGUUAUAGAAAUGUUGUCUAUUGUAGAUCCAACUUUUAUAUGGAUUAAUCAAAGAGCAAAAUUAAAGUUACGUAUUUAGCAUCA